AUGCCUUCCCUUCCCACUUUGAACAGCCUGGGAAAGCUCUGCGGCUCAGGACGCAGUCAGCAUGUGGAUCGCACCCGGAUCAAACGCACAAACUCUGUCAAACGCAUAUCUGUCAUAGAGGAUGGACGUGUGGCAGAAGUGUUGUACCUCAUCCCGAAAGAGUCUGUGAUGCAACAGCUGCCGUUCAUCAACCCUGAAGACUAUUACUUGACUGAGAGCCUGACACCUGUGGCCCAUACACAGGAAGCUCACCACCAGACGGAGAAGCCUUUGAUACGCUGUGCUAAAUGUGGGGAGGUGUGCAAGGGAGAGGUGUUACGAGUGCAGGCCAAACACUUCCACAUCAAGUGCUUCACGUGCAAAGUAUGUGGCUGCGAUCUGGCUCAGGGAGGAUUCUUCAUGAAGAAUGGGGAAUAUCUGUGCACUCUGGAUUACCAACGCAUCCAUGGCACGCGCUGUAACAUCUGUGGAGAGUUUGUGGAGGGGGAGGUGGUGACUGCACUCGGAAAGACCUACCACCCAGCAUGCUUUGUGUGCACAAUCUGCAAGAGACCAUUUCCUGCUGGAGACAGAGUGACGUUCAAUGGCAAGGACUGUCUGUGUCAGUACUGCGCAGAGCCCAUGUCUCCAGGACCUACCAAAGACGCCAUCAGACCAAGCAGUUGCGCGGGCUGUGGCAGAGAUAUUAAGAAUGGUCAGGCUCUGUUGGCUCUAGAGUGUCAGUGGCAUUUGGGCUGUUUUAAAUGUAAGGCCUGUGCCAAAGUAUUAACUGGAGAAUACAUCAGCAAAGAUGGCGCCCCCUACUGUGAGCAUGAUUAUCAGGUCCUGUUUGGAGUGCAUUGUGAAGCUUGUCAGCAGUUCAUCACCGGGAAAGUCCUGGAGGCAGGGGACAAGCACUACCACCCCAGCUGUGCUCGCUGUAGCAGGUGCAAUCAGAUGUUUACUGAAGGAGAGGAGAUGUACCUGCAAGGAUCAACAGUUUGGCAUCCAAGCUGUAAACAUUCACUCAGAGGCGAGGAGAGACAGCGGCCGACACGCUCGUCGUCCGAGACUAUAUGUUCCAGACCUGGUUCAAGCAUACAUAGCUCACCGGGUCACACCAUAUAUGCAAAAGUAGACAAUGAGAUCCUUGAUUACAAGGAUUUAGCAGCCAUUCCCAAGGUCAAAGCCAUUUAUGACAUUGAGCGUCCAGAUCUAAUCAACUAUGAACCACUUUACACCACCUCACUGGAUGAAUCAGAGGAGAGAGAGAGUGUGGGAGAGCUGCAGAGCUCCAGGAGAGAGUGUUCGCCCAUGCCAGAAGACAGAACCAGGUCACCCACACCGACUACUGAGGGUUACUACGACAUGAGAGAACGAAUCCUCCACCGGUCGACAAGUCACGGCUCCAUCGGGUCGCCCAUUUACAGCCGCCACAAUUACACCCCCACCCUGUCACGCUCACCACAGCACUUCCACAGACCCGGCACUGAGCCGUCCAGUGGUCGGAGUUCCCCAGGGGCCAGCACCCCUCCUCUCCCUCUGACUCCUAAACAUUUUCACAUGCCAGAUCAAGGAGCAAACAUCUACAGAAAGCCACCUAUCUACAAACAGCAUGAUUCAGCUGCCUUUGCAGCCCAGAGUAAGUCUGCUGAUGACAUCAUCAAAUCCGCCAAAUUCCCCUCGGCGUACACCUCUGGUCCAGACUACCCAGCAAAGAUAGAGACAGACUGCUGGUCCUCCCCGAUCUCCCAUGCUGCCCUAGGAACAGACGGGAGGAGAAGGUCAAGAGAGGAGGACGAGGAGGAGCUCCAGAAACGCAGACAGAUUCAGGAGGAACAUCUCAGCAAGAUCCAAUCUGGUUUGGGGAAAAUGAUUCUUAAAGAGGAGAUGGCGAAAGAGAUGAUCAGAGAACGUCAUGCACGGAGCCUGUCAGCACAACGCUACGAACAUGGAAGCAAUCGAAAUUCAGCCUCUAAAACAGGCUCACUGCCUGGAUACGGGCGAAAUGGACUGCAUCGGCCUCAGUCAACUGAUUUCACUCAGUAUAACAGUUACGGAGACGUGUGCGGUGGGAUGAGAGAGUUUCAGCCCAUGCAUGAUGGCCACCGUACAGCCACCAGAAUGGACAGAGGAGUGUCCAUGCCUAAUAUGCUGGAACCAAAAGUAUAUCCAUAUGAAAUGCUUAUGGUGACCAGCCAUAGUCGCUCCAAACUGCCCAGAGAUGUGGACAGAACCAGACUAGAGCACCAUCUGGCUCCAGAGAUGUUCUUUGAAAUCUUUGGGAUGGAAAUUCAGGAAUUCGGUAGGUUACCUCUGUGGAAACGCAAUGAACUGAAGAAGAAAGCCAGACUCUUCUAACCGGGAUCUACAACAUCUGCACACACUCACAUGAUGUAUCACACAGCUGUUUACUCCUCUUCUGUUGUUUCUUGCUAAAACUAUAGCCAGAAGAAAGCUCCAUGCUGCAAUAUUAUCAUAUGAUGUCAGUUUGUAAUAAACAGAGGGUCUAAGCAUUUCAUCUGUAUCUCCAAAAUUCUCAACACUUUAUUUUUUGUCUCUGUCGCUUUAAUUGUCUCUCUUCUAGAAAUGAGUCACCCUUUUUUUGUUGUUCUUUGUUGUUGUUGCAUAUCUUUGUAAAUCAUGUUUAUGCAGGUCUGAUUAUCUGAGCCUUUGUAAAUUUGCAGUUAUAAUCAUAAUUCACUAUUCCAGUAAAGACUCCUCUGUUAGCGUCACUUUUGGUUCUGGGAGGGAUUGUAGAUGCUACACUGAGUAGGUGUCUGUUUCUUUGUAGCUGUUCUUGUAUGUUUUGAGUGCAUUCAGCGAGACUUAAUCCAUACUAGCACAUAUCCAUGUAUUCACCCUUUGCUAUUGUACCAGCCUCCAAUUAACAUCUGUUAAUUAAAGGUCAAGUGUAUCAUUUCUGUGCCAACAGCAGCACUAAACAGAAUUGAAAAAAAUAUUGAUCACUGUCAAAACACAUGUCCAUCUUUCAUUGGUCAAACCCACAUCAUUGGUUACUGGCUUCUCAAACUGGUAACUUUUCCAUUUUAUACCACUAAUGGUUCAGAAGUGACACACUUCACCUUUACGCUUUCUAUGCUGAUUUAACUGUUGAAUCAAUGCGGAUGUCCCUGGUAUAUUGUACAUUUAAAUAAUAGAAUACAAAGUUAAGGUAAAAAUUAACUGCAUUUGACUUUUUUUUUUAAAGCGCGCAUAUUCAGUCACACUGCCAAUUUAUUGUAUCUCAAUUGUAUUUCUGAGUAAAGGGAAAUGUCUCGAUGUGCAGCUCUCAGUAAAAACCAAAGGCAUUACAUUAUAUGAGAGCUGUAGUCUAACAGCUGUUUAUUUCUUCAUCCUCAUUAAUCAAAUCAGAUGUAUUAUUGUGUAGUAUUUCUUUAUGCACACUAGAGUGCACUGGACUUCCUGUGAAGCUAGUACAGUGAAUUAUUGGCUGGACCAAAUCAACUAAUUCAGAUGAAAACAUUCUCAAUAAACACCAUAACUACAUUGACAGGUUUGAAUAAAAUUUGGGUAAAUAGAAUACAUGUCCUUCCUCCACUUCUCUCUCUUUCUUCAUAUACUUCACAAACAUUCAUGUAAUUAGGUGUAACUGACUGGAGUGGCUGUCAGUGAUUAUGACUAUAUAUUUGUGUGUGUGUGUGUAUCCAUGAAAAAAGUUUUAUU